GUGAGCUUCUAUUUGUAGUCUUACGGUAAAGAUGGCAGCUCCCAGCUCGUCCUGACACAACAACACAGUCUUUGCUGAUAACCGUUCAAUAUUUAAGGGGAAUUACCCCAAAACCACUUUAUUAAAAAUGGAGCUUCCACACCGCGUAGGGUUGCUCGUCAAAAGAAUUGGGGUUCCGCUUUGCAGAACACUGGUCCCGGCGUGUGUCGUGCAACGUUCGCCGGAUCGGAGCUCCUGUAGACGGUCACUGGCAGCGAGGUACUCCUCGGCCGCACCGGUCUCUGCCUGCAAAGCCCUUCUGUAUAGGAACCAUGGAGACCCAGCGCAAGUCGUCCAGUUGGAGAGCGUGGAGCUGCCCUCCCUGGGGGAGAGGAACGCGCUGGUGCGGAUGAUGGCCGCUCCCAUCAACCCGUCGGACAUCAACAUGAUUCAGGGAACGUACGCCAUACUGCCAGAUCUCCCCGCAGUGGGCGGGAAUGAAGGGGUGGGUGUGGUCGUGGAGGUCGGGAGUCAGGUGACCACCCUGAGAGCCGGUGAUUGGGUAAUUCCAAGGGACGCUGGACUUGGCACGUGGCGGACAGCCGCAGUGUUUGGUGAAGAGGUCCUGACCCCAGUGCCCAAUGACAUUCCGCUGCUGUCGGCCGCCACACUGGGGGUGAACCCCUGCACUGCCUUCAGAAUGCUGUCUGAUUUUGAGACCCUGAAACCAGGGGACUCGGUGAUCCAGAACGCCGCGAACAGCGGCGUGGGCCAGGCGGUCAUCCAGAUCGCAGCGGCACGAGGGGUCCACACCAUCAACGUGGUCCGAGACAGACCGGACCUAUCACAGCUCACUGAGUCUCUGCGGAAGCUGGGCGCCGGUCACGUGAUCACGGAGGAGGAUCUACGGAAGCCCGGAAUGAAAGAGCUCCUUAAGAAAGUUCCGCGGCCCAAACUGGCCCUGAACGGAGUGGGUGGAAAGAGUGCCACAGAACUGCUGCGCCACUUACAGGCUGGGGGGACUAUGGUGACAUAUGGGGGAAUGUCCAAACAGCCCGUCACUGUGCCCGUGAGUGCUCUGAUCUUCAAAGACGUCUCGAUUCGGGGGUUCUGGGUGACCCAGUGGAAGAGGGACCACGCCCACGACCCUGGGGCCAUGCAGGAGAUGUUGGCCCAGCUGUGUGCCCUGAUCCGGGAGGGGAAGCUCACGCCCCCAGCCUGCACCGAGGUCCCGCUCCAGGACCACGCCCGUGCCUUAGACAACGCCAUGAAGCCCUUCCUCUCCACCAAACAGGUCCUGGUCAUGUGACGUCACGGGAGCCAAUCGCAGCAGCCGAGCCGAUCAGUGUUCAUUUCCAUUCGGUAAAUUCAGGGAAUUGAAAUUCAGUUGAAUUAAUGAGCAAAAAUACUCGUGGAAUAUCAGCAUUUGUUUUUAAUUCUGUGAAUUGAGUUGUGGUGGCUCUGGCUUCGAAAUUCAGUCGCUCUGCUGGAAAAUCCUCAUUGAAUGUUCUGGGCAUUUUCUCAUUUUUUUAAAUUAAAUUAAUUUAAUUUCGGGAAUUGACUGGAGUCCCCCCGCCACCAUCCUUCCCAGCAUGCACUGGCUGGUUACUCCUCAUCGGGUGCGGGGUCACAUGGUUAGUCCCAGAGUUCAUGUCCAGAGAUUCCCCACCUCUGUCUGACAAACAUGUGGGUGGAGAACUGGUUCAGUCAAUGUGCUGUUUGUGAAUCAGCUUGUGUCCAAUAAAUGCUUCCAUAUCAGCUUUACCAAGUCAUCAUAAAAUAAAAUCAUUAUACAUAAGUGAUGACAAAGCAUUGGCCCUGAAUAACUGCCGUAGUAUCUUUUGAUUAUGGGUUUAGACGAUGUUUCAGUAACACUUUAUUUUACAACCCGUUAAUGAGCCAGUAUUUACCGGGUAAGUACACAGCUCCCUGUGUAAUUAUUAGGUAACUACUUUGAUUUCUGUGUUAAGAACUAUGAAAUAAAGUCACUAAGUACCA